CAAUGCUGCAAUGACGCGUCUCGUUUUGUGUGUGACGUUUUACUCACGACACCAUUUUCAUGGCUGACGGUAGCUUUCCCUAGCACAUAUUUUGCCGAUUGUUGGCUAGUUCUGGACCUUUAUACAAAUUUAGACAGGUAGUUAUUUAAGAUGGUGCGUCCAGUAAAAAGGCGCAAUUCCUCUGUUACCUACACCAAAUACCUCAUUGAAGCCAUCCGAUAUAUCAGAUAUCAGAAACAGAUCCCCAACAUAGAGAGAAUAUCUCGCUACAUGAACCGUGAGUAUGGACUGGCGGAAUCCUUCACCGAGAAACAUCUCCAUUACGCCGUCAAAGACAACAUCAUCCACUCCUACAUGGCGGUGGGCAAGAAGGGCAGCAUGACAGGGGUAGAGCAGGAGGGGUUCAAGAUUCCAGAGGAAGAGGAGGAAACUAGAGGGGACCAUGACUGGUAUUGUUUUGAGUGCCACACGGCGGGGGACGUCCUGCCCUGCUCCGACUGCUGGAGGGUAUUCCAUCCCAGCUGUACCCUGGAGGAGUGGACCGGACCCAAAUUCACUUGUAGUAUUUGUAAGGCAGCCAAACAGAAGAAGAAAAUCAAGAGGAGAAUGUUAAACACACUGUUAGGGUACACCAUACAGAGAAUGAAGGAAAAGACCAAAGAACUUCACAAGAUAGGACACAGAGAGCAAGAGAAGAAAUUUACAAACUUUUUUGUGUAUAAGACAAUGGAUCUCAACCACAUAGAGAUGAGAGUGGACCACCAGAAAUACAAGACAGCUGAAGAGUUUCUAGCAGACAUCCAGCUCAUCUAUCACAAUGUGUACCUCAUCUAUGGAGAGGAAAAGAAAGGAAUGGUGGAACUAGCCUUUAUUCUUGUUAAAGACUGUAAAUAUGAUAUAGAUGAAAUGAGACAGUGUCAAAACUGUUAUUAUAUGUCCAAUGCAAAACCUAAAGAUUGGUUCUGUCAACCAUGUAAUCCUCCACAUGAAUUAGUGUAUGCUAAGUUAAAGGGCUACUGUCACUGGCCGGCCAAAGUCAUACGACACGUAGCAGAUAAAUACGACUGUAGAUUUUUUGGGGCCCCGCAUCAGAGAGCCCUUAUACCAAAGGAUAUGAUAAAACCAAUAGAAACCAACAUAAAGACCUUGACAGUCAAAAGAUCUGCAGGUUUUGUGAAGGCCUGUGAAGAGUUAGCUAGACAUCAGAGGUUACUGGCGGAGAAACAUUUCACAGCAGACUCCGACUCCGAGAGCCUGGAAGGGAGCGACAAUGGACCAGAACGAAUGGAAGAGGAGGAAGAAGAGGAGGAGGAAACCAGUCCACUGGAGGUCAGCUCCACCAGUGUUAGUCCAAUGAAGAAGAGGAUCUGUCUUAAGGCCCCCACACCAGAGGACAGUAAUUUAGUGACGUCUAGUGAGGAUAAAGUCCCUAAAGUGAUCACACUAAAUGCCUCCAGUCAAACCAUCACAAAGUUAACCAAAAGUCAGAGUAUCCAGACGGAACUAGAACCAAAACCAGAUUCAACCGAUUCUAAACCAGAACCAGCUCUACCAAUGCAGUGCAGUCCGGAUGCCUCCGACGCCAAGAGUGGCGAUGAGGAGGCCCCCGUGCUGAGCCCCAGUAAUGAGGCCAGCGAGGAGAAACCGCCAGAAACCAUGUGUAACUGUAGUGAGAAGUACGAGAAGAUCAUCAGUGAUUUAGAGGCCAAACUGGAAACAGCCCAUCAGGAUGAGAAAGAGAAGGCCUUAGAAGAACUCUCUGAUAGGCUUCAGAAAGACUUUGAGGAGGACAAGCAGCAAGCUGUGUCUCGAGCCAUGGCAAACAUGAAUCGCGAGAUUGAACGUACAAAACAGGCCACAGAGGAAAAAUGCAAGAAAGAGUAUAUGGAGGAAAUGAAGAAACUGGCAGCAAAACAUAAAGAUGCAAUAUCUGCUACCAAGAAAAAGCAGUGGUGCUAUAAUUGUGAGGAGGAGGCAAUGUACCAUUGUUGUUGGAACACUUCGUACUGUUCCGUCAAGUGUCAGCAGGAACACUGGCACAAGGAACACAAACGUGUGUGUCGACGGAAACGGUAGCCGUUCACCAAAAACCGUUCAUCUACCAGAGGAGAAAAUCUGACAGGGAGACAUUAAAGCACAGUGCUAUUUACAGUGCAUUCGUUCUGUAAGAGACCAAGUACCUGAAGGAUAGAGAUUUGAAUACUAGGAGAAAAAAGACUGGCCAUGGGGAAUCUGUUGCAGCAGACUCGAUUUAGUUCACCAUAUAAAACUGUCACCCAUUUGAUUGACAGUUUGGCGUACAUGUAUUUUAUAUAGUAAUAAGAUUUCUAUGAUGAAAAAUUUUACCUAGCUUUAUAUCUGGAAUAGAAACUUUUGAUCAAUUUUACAUUUAAUUACAUUGAAUUGGAAUUUUUUUUUUUCAAAUUGAAAUAUUGAGGAA